AUGGCGACGGCGUGGGUGGCCGCGGCCCUGAGGACAGCUACAGCGGCCCGAAGGCUGCGCGGGCCCCGUGGCCCUGGGGGCUCUCGGCGGCUGAGUGGCAGCGUGCGGCGGCGGGCCGCGAGGGGGACGAGCCCGGGACGCCGGCUCAGCACCGCCAGGACGCGCACCCAGCCCCCGAGGGAGGAGGCCGAGGGCGCGGAGGAUCGUGUCCGGUCGCCGGUCGCCGAGGAGCCGUCGUGGACGCCCCCCGAGACCCCCGCGGCCCCGGCCGGCCGAUCGCUGGUGCAGCGAGACAUCCAGGCCUUCCUGUACCAGUGCGGGGCGAGCCCAGGGGAGGCACGCCACUGGCUCACGCAGUUCCAGGCUCACCACCACUCUGUGGACAAGCCCUUUGCGGUCAUCGAGGUGGACGAAGAAGUGCUCAAAUGCCCACAAGCUGUGUCCGCCCUGGCCUUCGCCCUGGCAUUCCUGCAGCGCAUGGACAUGAAGCCGUUGGUGGUCCUGGGGCUGCCGGCCCCCACGGCACCCUCGGGCUGUCUUUCCUUCUGGGAGGCCAAGGCGCAGCUUGCCCAGAGCUGCAAGGUGUUGGUGGACGAGUUGCGGCACAAUGCAGCCAUGGCCGUGCCUUUUUUUGGCGGCGGGUCGGUGCUGAGCGCUGCCGAGCCGGCCCCCCAUGCCAGCUACGGGGGCAUUGUCUCGGUGGAGACGGACCUACUGCAGUGGUGCCUGGAGUCCAGCAGCAUCCCCAUCCUGUGCCCCAUUGGGGAGACGGCUGCGCGCCGCUCGGUGCUCCUCGAUUCCCUGGAGGUGACCGCGUCGCUGGCCAAGGCGCUGCAGCCCACCAAGAUCAUCUUCCUCAACAACUCGGGCGGCCUGCGCGAUACGAGUCAGAAGAUCUUGAGUAACGUGAACCUGCCCGCCGACCUGGACCUGGUGACCAACGCCGAGUGGCUGAGAACCAAAGAGCGGCAGCAGAUCCGGCUCAUCGUGGACGUGCUCAGCCGCCUGCCCCACUACUCUUCGGCAGUCAUCACGGCCGCCAGCACGCUGCUCACCGAGCUCUUCAGCAACAAGGGAUCGGGAACCCUGUUCAAGAACGCCGAGCGAAUGCUGCGAGUGCGCAACCUGGACAGCCUGGAACAAGGCCGCCUAGUGAACCUGGUCAACGCCAGCUUCGGCAAGAAGCUUCGAGACGACUACCUGGACUCGCUGCGCCCACGGCUGCACUCCAUUUACUUCUCCGAGGGGUACAACGCCGCUGCCAUCCUGACAGUGGAGCCCGUCUUGGGGGGUACCCCGUACCUGGACAAGUUCGUGGUGAGCUCCAGUCGCCAGGGCCAAGGCUCUGGCCAGAUGCUGUGGGAGUGCCUUCGACGGGACCUGCAAACGCUUUUCUGGCGCUCUCGAGUCACCAACCCCAUCAAUCCCUGGUAUUUCAAGCACUGUGAUGGCAGUUUCUCCAACAAGCAAUGGAUCUUCUUCUGGUUUGGCCUGGCUGACAUUCGGGACUCUUAUGAACUGGUCAAUCAUGCCAAGGGGCUGCCAGACUCCUUCUGCAAGCCAGCUUCUGAUCCAGGCAGCUGACCCCUGUCAUGGACCCUGCAGUCUGGGACAGCCAAGGUGGACCAAAAGCCACGCCUGCUGGGGUUGACCCCAUGCAGUCUAGUAUCCACAAGGAGGGAGGAAGCCUCAGGUCUGUCAAGGGAGCACCGAAGUGGGACAAACACAGUAGAAGGGACAGCAGCCUAAGACCCUGACCUGCUCCAAAGCCACACCAAGGCUUUCCUCAGGGCUAAGCCUCAGGGUGGGGCAGUUUCUGUGGCUUCUGUAUUGUUUUGAGGUUCCUUUGCCUUGAACCCCACCCCACCUGAUCUCCUACCACUCAUUUUAAUUGCUUUGGAUACUUCAAGAAUUCAGGAGGCAUUGAUUAAAAUCAAAAUACUUGCCUGAG